AUGGAGGAAAACCAGACGUCUUCCUCUGAGGUCACAGGAGUCGAGCUGGAGGACGUGAUGAAGACGAGCGAGACAGAACAUGGAGCUCUGACCGUCCGAGAACGUGUGGAGUGGACGGAGGAGUGGCACGUGACGGAGGGAGGAGAGGAUAGUAAAUAUAAAGAGGACCUGGAGAGGAUGAAGGGGCAGAGUCACUUUGUUCCCGCGGCAGAGCUGCUCCACGCCCACAACCUGCGCCCCAUCGUCUCUGAGAGUCAGUACAGAGCCGAGGGGCUGAAGGAGGCGUCCAUGUCUCUGUACUCGGUUUUACCCGAGACUCCGGAGACGCUCAGAGCCAAAGAGACCAGCCAGCUCCAGAGUCAGGUGAAGUACAGGGGCGGCUGGAGACAGGACAGCUCCUCGUCUCUCUUCAGUCUCCUCCCGGAAACGACCGAGACUCAGUUCAACAAAGAGCUGCAGGAGCACAUCAGUGAGAAUAAAUACUACGAGGAGGGUCGGUGGGAACGCCGCACCUCCCUGUACGCCCUGCUGCCCGAGACCAGCCAGACCCAACACGCAAAGAACCUGAUGCCCUUCCAGAGCCAGAUCAAAUACACGGAGGAGGGACAGAGGAAGAAGUCUGUGUCACUUUACUCUCGUCUGUCUGACACUCCAGAGAUCCAGCACGCUCUAGAGCUCACCCAGCUGCAGAGCGAGGUGAAUUAUCGUCCCAAGCUCCUGGUGAAGGGGGCGCCGUCGUCUCUGUACUCUCAGCUGCCCGAUACUCAGGACGUGCAGUUCGCCAAAGAGAUGAGCCUCAUGUACAGCCAGGGCAGGUACGUGGAGGACGGCAGGAGGAGCCUGUCCCAGACUCUGUUCCAUCACCUGCCUCAGACCCUCCAGACUCAACACGCACGAGCUGUGGGAGAGCUGCAGAGCCAGCUGCACUAUAAAGACUCGGGUCCAAACUCCAGUCUGUUCUCUGUUCUGCCUGAGACUCUGGACACGGUUCACGCCAAACUCACCUCUGAGCUCGUCAGCCAGGUGAAGUACAGAGAGGAGGGUCUGAAGGAGCAGAGACUCAGCCUGUUCUGUGUGCUGCCCCACACUCUAGACACACAACACGCCAAGGACGCCUCCCACCUGCACAGCCAGGUGAAGUACAGGGGCAGUGUGAUGCAGCAGAAUCAGAUCAGUCUGUUCCAGCGUCUGGCCCAGACUCCUGUCACUCAGAGAGCCAAAGAAGUGUCAGAGCUGCUCAGUGAGGUGAAGUACAGACAGGCUGGAAAGAAGGACCUGCGCUGCCCGCUGUACCACCUGCUCCCACACACCCUGGACACUCUGCACGCCAAAGAGGCCGAAGACACACUCAGCGAGCUGAAGUACCGACACAAGGACCUGAGUUCUUCUGUUUAUUCCACUCUGAGUGAAACCAACGAGAUGCUCUUCGCCCGACAGACCAGAGACGCCAUCAGUGAGGUGAAAUACCGUGAGGAUGGGAGGAGAGGACUGUCUCAGAGCUUCUACUCUCAGCUCCCUCAGACCACAGACACUGAGUUCAACCAGAGGAUCUCCACUCUGCAGAGUCAGAUGUCGUACCGGAGGUCCCUGAGGAACGCUCCCUCUCUGUACUCGACUCUGGCUCAGACUCUGGAGACGAAACACGCCAAAGAGGCGUCUCAGCUGCUCAGCCAGCGUCUUUACAAACAGAAGCCUGGCCCCGCCCUCUUCCACCUGAUGCCCCGGACUCUGGACAUGGCCCACGCCCGAGAGCAGAGCGAGCAGAUCAGUGACGUGAAGUACAGAGAGGAGGGUCUGAAGGAGCAGAGACUCAGCCUGUUCUGUGUGCUGCCCCACACUCUAGACACACAACACGCCAAGGACGCCUCCCACCUGCACAGCCAGGUGAAGUACAGGGGCAGUGUGAUGCAGCAGAAUCAGAUCAGUCUGUUCCAGCGUCUGGCCCAGACUCCUGUCACUCAGAGAGCCAAAGAAGUGUCAGAGCUGCUCAGUGAGGUGAAGUACAGACAGGCCGGAAAGAAGGACCUGCGCUGCCCGCUGUACCACCUGCUCCCACACACCCUGGACACUCUGCACGCCAAAGAGGCCGAAGACACACUCAGCGAGGUGAAGUACCGACACAAGGACCUGAGUUCUUCUGUUUAUUCCACUCUGAGUGAAACCAACGAGAUGCUCUUCGCCCGACAGACCAGAGACGCCAUCAGUGAGGUGAAAUACCGUGAGGAUGGGAGGAGAGGACUGUCUCAGAGCUUCUACUCUCAGCUCCCUCAGACCACAGACACUGAGUUCAACCAGAGGAUCUCCACUCUGCAGAGUCAGAUGUCGUACCGGAGGUCCCUGAGGAACGCUCCCUCUCUGUACUCGACUCUGGCUCAGACUCUGGAGACGAAACACGCCAAAGAGGCGUCUCAGCUGCUCAGCCAGCGUCUUUACAAACAGAAGCCUGGCCCCGCCCUCUUCCACCUGAUGCCCCGGACUCUGGACAUGGCCCACGCCCGAGAGCAGAGCGAGCAGAUCAGUGACGUGAAGUACAGAGAGGAGGGUCUGAAGGAGCAGAGACUCAGCCUGUUCUGUGUGCUGCCCCACACUCUAGACACACAACACGCCAAGGACGCCUCCCACCUGCACAGCCAGGUGAAGUACAGGGGCAGUGUGAUGCAGCAGAAUCAGAUCAGUCUGUUCCAGCGUCUGGCCCAGACUCCUGUCACUCAGAGAGCCAAAGAAGUGUCAGAGCUGCUCAGUGAGGUGAAGUACAGACAGGCUGGAAAGAAGGACCUGCGCUGCCCGCUGUACCACCUGCUCCCACACACCCUGGACACUCUGCACGCCAAAGAGGCCGAAGACACACUCAGCGAGGUGAAGUACCGACACAAGGACCUGAGUUCUUCUGUUUAUUCCACUCUGAGUGAAACCAACGAGAUGCUCUUCGCCCGACAGACCAGAGACGCCAUCAGUGAGGUGAAAUACCGUGAGGAUGGGAGGAGAGGACUGUCUCAGAGCUUCUACUCUCAGCUCCCUCAGACCACAGACACUGAGUUCAACCAGAGGAUCUCCACUCUGCAGAGUCAGAUGUCGUACCGGAGGUCCCUGAGGAACGCUCCCUCUCUGUACUCGACUCUGGCUCAGACUCUGGAGACGAAACACGCCAAAGAGGCGUCUCAGCUGCUCAGCCAGCGUCUUUACAAACAGAAGCCUGGCCCCGCCCUCUUCCACCUGAUGCCCCAGACUCUGGACAUGGCCCACGCCCGAGAGCAGAGCGAGCAGAUCAGUGACGUGAAGUACAGAGAGGAGGGUCUGAAGGAGCAGAGACUCAGCCUGUUCUGUGUGCUGCCCCACACUCUAGACACACAACACGCCAAGGACGCCUCCCACCUGCACAGCCAGGUUUGGCACAGGGGCAGUUGGAGGCAGCCCGCUCUGUUCCACACUUUACCUCAGACUCUGGAGACUCAACACGCCGCUCAGGCCGCUCAGCUGCUCAACCAGGAAAUCUGAAAACACCGAUUC